AUGGCAGCAGAGCUCCUCCAGGCCACUGGGGGCAGAGUGGAGCAGAUGGAACAGCAGAUGGGUCAGGUGAGGCAGAUGUCAGAUAUGCAAAUGUCCUCCUCAUCCUCCUCCUCCACCUUCACCUCCUCCAUGGGCUCCACCAAGCUGCGAAAAGUCUCUCAGGGCUUGUCAAGAACCAUGGAAGAGCACACUGGAGUUCAGCGUAAGACCUCUGCCGUGGUGGAGUCCUUCAGCCAGGUACAGAAAAACCCCCAGAUCCCUGAGGGAGAGUCUGUCCCAGAUUUCGAGGAGAAGCUGCGCCCCGUCACUGCCCAAGAGGGUGACAAUGCUGUGUUCAAGGCCAAGGUGACGGGGAAACCCCAGCCCAGUGUUAAGUGGGAACGAGCCAGCGGUAACCCACUGUCAGAUGCGACUAACAUUUUCUAUGACAACAUAAACAAUCAGCAUAUACUCAAGAUCAAAAACCUGGCCCUGGAGGAUGCUGAUGUCUACAAAUGCGUUGCCUCCAACAACCACGGAGAUGCCACCUACUCUGUAUCCCUCAUUGUUACAGAAAAUCCAGCGUUGGACUUCAAAAAGAUGCUGAAAAAAUGCAGUGUGGAAAAGAAAGAGAAGAGGCCACCUACAGAGGAGGAGAUGCUCAAGAUCCUGGCUGGAGCUGACAAGAAGGACUACGAGAGGAUCUGUGCCGAGCAUGGCUUCACCGACUUCAGAGGCAUCCUCAGGAAGCUGAAGGAGAUGAAGAAGAAAGAGGAGGUGGAGAUGGUGCGCGUGCUGAAGCCCCUGGAGGACAUCACUGCCACAGCUGGCACCAACAUCGUCUUUGACACCAUCCUGGAACUGAAGGAUCCAAACAUCAGGAUGAACUGGUUUCUGGGCGCCGAGCUGCUGCGGAUCCAGUAUUCUCACGGGAAAUAUGAAGUGAAACAGAUGGGAACCAAGCACAUGUUGUGCAUUUCUAACGUGAGCCUCAGUGACAUGGGCACCUACACUCUGCAGGUUGCAGACAAGAGACUGUCAGCCAGGCUUAACGUCACAGAUGAACCUCUGAAAUUCCUGUCUGACUUCCAGCCCAAGAGAGUGACAGAGCGCCAGACUGCCACGUUUGAGGUCCGUCUCUCGAAGAAGACAGACGCGCCGCUGAUCUGGAAGGUAAAGGGAAAGGAAGUAAAAAGAGAUGAAAAGUUCGACGUGUCCCUGUCUGAGGAUGGUCUGACCUACACUUUGAAGAUUAAGGAUGUGAAAGUCAGCGACACUGGAGACUACACCAUCAGCAUCGGAGACCUCACCGCCACUGUGCCUCUCUUCAUUGAACGGAUUCCCAUCAAGUUUACCAGCCACUUAAAGAAUGUCCACGUGCAGGAGAGAGGCAAGGCCCACCUGGAGUGUGAGCUGAGCUCCAAGGACGUGCACAUUCGCUGGCUGAAAGAUGGAUGUGAUAUCACAGCCAGCCGUCGCUACAUCUUCAUGCACGAGGGAAAGAGGGCAGAGGCUAUCAUCGAGGACUGCGAGCUGACAGAUGAGGGAAAGUAUUCAAUCAUCUGCACUCAGGACAACGACGCUCAUGAAUAUGUCACCUCUGCCACUCUGACCGUGGAUGAGCGUUUCGCCUCAGUGACGAGAGGUAUGUCAGAUACUCAGUGUCCUACAGGCUCCCCUGCAGAGCUGUGUGUUGUCCUUGACGAUGAGAAGGUGGACGGAGUGUGGCUGAAAGAUGGAGUAGAGAUUUCGGAGAUGAGAGGCGUUCAGGUGGUCAAACAGGGAGCUGUUCAUAAGCUGAUCUUCUCGGGUGUGACUGAUGCUCACGAGGGCAAGUACACCUUCAGAGCCAAGGGGGCUGAGAGCGAGGCUGUACUCACUAUUGCAGACCCUCCAGAGAUUGAUUCCUCUGUGCUGGACUUGUUGGGGGCCCGACCUGUGACUGUGAAGGCAGGCCAAACAGCCACCAUUAAGAUCCCCUUUAAAGGGAAACCACCUCCCAAGGUCACCUGGUACAAGGACGGCAUGGAGGUCAUGGAGGAUGAGAGGACCAAGGUGGAGAGGACAGCUGACGGCACCUCGCUGGUGCUCAGCAGAUGUGUGCGAGAAGACAGUGGGGCAAUUGUGCUACGUCUGAAGAGUGACUGUGGCACUGCAGUUGCCAACAUGCACCUUAAUGUGAUCGACCAUCCUAAGCCUCCUCAAGGGAAAGUAGAGUUCCUCGAGCUUUCAGGAAAGUGUAUCAAGAUGAAGUGGAAGGCUCCGCGGGACAACGGGGGCAAGCAAGUAACCAGCUUUGUGAUUGAGCGCCGUGUGGCAGGUAAGAGGUCCUGGACCAGGGCUGGUGAAGUAGACAGCGGUACCACCGUCUUCAGCGAUGAUAAAGUAGAGGAGGGCCAAGCGUACCAGUAUCGCAUCAGGGCUGUCAACGUGGAGGGAAUGAGCGACCCUCUUGAGACAGAGGAGGUACGCGCCGGAGAGCCUGUAGGUGAGAGCUUCUCUACUAGCUCCCUUCUCUUCAUAUCUUAUGACUGAGAACACUUCUUCUGUUUGAAAUCCGUCUACCCAGAGCCUCCGGGCACAUCGUCCCAGCCCCAGGUGUCUAAUAUAACCAAGGACACCAUGACAGUGAGCUGGACACCUCCAGGCAGCGAUGGUGGAGCCCCAGUUCUGGGCUACGUCCUGGAGAGGAGGAAGAAGGGGAGUAACAUGUGGUUACAGGUCAACAAGGAGCUGCUCACAGAUACAAAAUUCAUGGUGGAGGGGCUUGUGAGCGAUAUGGAGUACGAGUUUAGAGUCAUUAGUGUAAACAGGGCUGGAGCAGGUCAUCCCAGCACCGUCUCUAAUGCUGUCCUGGCCAAAGACCCAAUAAGAGCUCCCGGCCUGGUGAGGAACCUGUGUGUGUCUGAUUCAACAAACUCCUCCAUUUCUCUGAGGUGGACUCCUCCAGAGCAGGGAGACGAGCCCUCGGGUUACAUCCUAGAGGUACGUGCCGAAGAUGCUAAAGAGUGGUCCAAGGCCACCAAGAUCCCCAUCGCUGGUACGGCCUUCAAUGUCGGAGGACUUCAAGAGCGGAAGAAAUACCACUUCCGUAUCCGCGCUGUCAAUGAAGGAGGAGUGGGGGAGCCCAUUGAGCUGUCGGAGGGUGUACUGGCCAUGCCUCCACCUGUGGCACCCAGGUUUGAUCCUCUGGGGAAGCUGAGGAGCCCGAUGGUUGUCCGAGCUGGAACAGCACUUUGCCUUAACCUCAACUUCACUGCUUCACCUCCCCCGGUGGUAACCUGGUUCAAGGAUGGCGUCAUCACUAAAGGACGGGAAGUCAUCACCAAGAGCAAGAAUCACUCCCAGUUCCUCAUUGUCUCCUCUCAGCGAUCUGACUCUGGCAUUUACCGUGUCCACCUGAAGAACGACAACGGAGAAGCUCACUAUGACAUCAAUAUCAGGGUUACAGACUUCCCUCGACCACCAAAAAACCUCCGCCUGGAAGAGGAGGUUCCGGGCACAGUGACCCUGCAGUGGGAUCACACCCCAGACAUGGCUGACGACGACGAAGGAGCGCAUUACAUCAUCCUCAAACGUGACACCAGCACUACCUCCUGGUUCACCGUGGCCGAGCGUGUCUUCAGCAGCAAGUACACCAUCACUGGACUGCUUCCCGGGAGGAAGUACUACUUCCGAGUCAUUGCACAGAACUCUAUUGGAGACAGCGAUCCUUUAGACUCGAAGGAACCUCUCAUCAUCGCCAAGGAGAAAGAGGGGAUCGGCAGCCUUCGAUUGAGGGAAUACACCUCUAAAUCACGUCAGGUGAAACCAACAUUUCUUCUGCCGCUGAAGGACCACGCUGUUCGCAGAGGCAAUGACUGCACCAUGAGCUGCGCCUAUCAGGGCAUGCCAACACCACAGGCCUGCUGGUAUAAGGGGGAUACGAACAUCUCUGACUCCCCUCGGUUUUGGCACAGCACAGCUAACGGCGUGUGCACCCUGGUCAUCCCCACCUGUGGAGCAAAAGAUGGUGGAGAAUACACGCUGGUGCUGGAGAACCCUCUGGGGAAGGCCAAGUGCUCCUGCACUCUGGUGAUAUUUGAUCAGGAUGAUAAGAGUCUGUUGGAGAGCCUGACCAAGCAGGCAAACAAAGAGAAGCUUAUUUUGUAAGAAGUCUGCUUCAACCGUCGCCA